UCAUCGUUCCACCGAGCUGGGCUUCCCCAACAGUAGAUGACCCAGGACAACAGCUCGGGCAACUUCCUCCCCGAGCCCGUGACCCAGGCCUCCAGCUGGCCCAAAAAGAUGACCUGAGGGGAGACGCGCUAGGAAGGUAGAGUAGCGGCCACUCGCUUGUCUUCUAGCGGAGGAAACGCUGCAGCGCGUGGGAGGCCGGAUUUUGUCCGGUUGUGGCAUGUGGUCUUCCUGACGUGGCAUGUAGCCGUUGGUUUGCUUGGAAAAUUGAAGCCAACGGUCCACAGAUCUUGACCGUUGGUUUUAAUUAUGAAUGAGAUCUGAUGGACAUCAAUUAAGGAGUUAGAUAAAUUGAGAAAAGGAAAAAUAUAUAUAUUGUUUGUAACCGUUAAAUUACAACGGUAAUAAAAUAAAAUAAAAACCAAAAUUUCCUAUAAAUACCUCACCUCCUAAUUUACCUCUCACACCAAAAAAAUCAUCUAUCUUACUUCCUCAAAUUUUUUUGCUCCUUCUCCUCAUAGCUUUCAUACUCUACAAUUUUUUUAUUCGAAUAUGAGUGUACGAGGGAAUACGAUUGUCCAACCCGUAGGAGAUCCAAGUAUUGACGGGACACGUUGGCAGACUAAUGAAGACAUUCAAUUGUGCAAGUCUUGGAGGGCUGUUAGCCAAGAUCCGGCAAAGGGUACGGAACGAAGAAAAGAUGAUCUAUGGAUAGAGGUACGCCAACACUAUGCCGAACAUUGGGAUGGAUAUGUCCGAUCAUUGCAAGCUUUUCAAGGGAGGUGGAAAACCUUGAAAGUCGAACUUUAUGCUUGGCAUUGUGCGUUAAGGCAAGCAAAGCUAUGGUACAAGAGUGGUGCGAAUAUGAUUGAUGAGCUACGUCAAGCACAAGAUUUGUGGAGAGCUGCGAUGACCAAAUCGAAAGGAAAAGCAAAAAAAGGUGAUUUCAUUAGUUUAGAAUGUUACGAGAUUGUUAAGGGGUUUCAACAAUUUGAUGACAUUCCAAACCAUUCCUCUUCGGCUGGAGGAACCUCCAGGGGAGGAACUGAACGAAUGCACACACAACAAUCCGUUCCUAAUUCUCAUGUCCAGUUGGACAUAGAUGCAGAUGAGGUAAAUGCCGAUGCAACUCCCAAUCCUUCGGUGAGGCCUCAAGGAAAGAAGGCUGCCAAAGAAGCUCUUCGGAAAGGAAAGAAAGCAUCUAAUGAUUCCAGUCCUCUGACAGCCGCUGUGGAGACUAUAGCAACCAACCAAACAUCAAUGUUGUCUGCCAAGGAGAAACGUGAUGAGGAAUAUGCUCGACAUCUCCGUGACCAACAACAACGAGAUUAUAUAUGCUUGCAAUUGGAUAUUCAAGAGAGGGAAUUCAAAAAUCAAGAGAGGGAAGAGCGUAUUAUGGAGAUGGACACAAGUAAGAUGACACCAACCAAAAAGAGUUACUGGCAAAGAAAACAAAAAAAGAUUGCGGAGAAAGAAGCUGAAGAUGCAACCCGUGGAUCUGGCUUCCCACAACCACCAUUCACCGGUGGAUAUUAUCCACAACCUCCUUCCAUUGGUGGCUAUCCACAACCUCCUUUCCCCGGUGGUUAUCCACAACCUCCUUUCCCCGGUGGCUAUCCACAACCACCAUUCCCCGGUGGGUAUUAUCCACAACCUCCUUUCCCCGGUGGCUUCCCACAACCACCAUUCACCGGUGGUGUCCCUUCCCCACCUUUCUCUUCGGGUGAAUCCACCAACCCCAACCAUAUGGAUGACCCCACAAACACAAAUUGGAUUCCUAAUGAAGAUGAGGAUUAG